AUGUCCAGCCUCCCAACUGAGACUCAACCUCCUCCUACGCCAAAUUUCCUGCGACUCUCUUACCCCAGCCAGCAUGUACUGCUUAUCCGCAUGGAUCGCCCACAGUCUCUGAAUUCUCUUUCGAUGGACUCCCUUGAGGAGAUCGAUGCUGUACUGCGUUGGUAUGAUUCGGAGCCUACUCUCUUCGUCGCAAUCCUCACAGGCACGGGGCGUGCAUUCACUGCUGGUGCCGACUUGAAGCAAUGGCGUCAAUCACUGAAUGGUGAACACCGCUUUGGUGUACGUGAGGGUAUCGAGAGCCCUACACGUCGCAAAGGCAAGAAGCCUCUUGUCGCAGCAGUCAACGGCAUGGCUUUUGGCGGUGGAUGUGAACUCGUCGUUAAUUGCGAUCUGGUGGUUGCCGCUGACAGCGCAAUCUUCUCCCUCCCUGAAGUACGGCGUGGGUUGGCACCCACCGGAGGUGUCCUAACGCGACUUGUGCACACUGUCGGCAUGCAAGUGGCUUGUGAGAUAGUACUCACUGGGCGGCCGAUCUCAGCAGCGGAAAUGCAUUCUUGGGGAUUAGUUAACAAGGUCGUUCCCAAAGAAGAGGUUGUUGAUGAGGCACUGCGGUAUGCGGAUCUCAUUGCGGCCAAUAGCCCCGAUGGAGUUGUCUGUGCGCGAAUGGGUUUACGGCAAGCUUGGGAAACGGCAGAUGUUGAAAGUGCAACAGAUGACUGGCUCAAGCAAUACUUCUCAGUGCUCGAGAAAGGCGAGAACAUCCGAGAGGGCAUGUCAUCAUUUAUAGAGAAAAGGAAGCCUGUGUGGAAAGGAAGUAAGAUUUAA